AUGCUGACGAUAAAGCUGCCGCAGAUCUUCAGGGUCCAUCAGGUGCCUCGGAUCUUCUGGGAGGAUGGGAUCAUGUCGGGGUACCGGCACCCCAAGAGCUCAGCCCUUGACUGCGUCCUCAGCUCCUUCCAGAUGACUAACGAGACAGUCAACAUCUGGACACACUUCCUCCCGACCUGGUAUUUCGUGUGGCGCUUCCUGGUGCUCUCAUCCUCCCUGGACCUUUGCCGGGAGCCCUACCACUGGCCCCUGCUCAUCUACCUGCUGCUCGUCUGCCUCUACCCCUUCGCCUCCAGCUGCGCCCACACCUUCAGCUCCAUGUCGGCGCGCGCCCGCCAUAUCUGCUACUUCUGCGACUACGGAGCCCUCAGCCUCUACAGCCUGGGCUGUGCGUUUGCCUAUGGUGCCUACGCGAUGCCAGACCACUGGGUCAGCGGCGUUUGGCACAAUUACUUCGUCCCCGCGGCUGCUUUUAACUCCUUUGUCUGCACCGGCCUCUCCUGCUACUCCCGCUUCCCUGAGCUGGAGCGUCCCCGGCUGAGCAAGGUGCUGCGGACGGCGUACACCCGCCUCUUCGCGCGCCGCCCCGGCUUCCUCUUCGCGUCCCACCUGCCCAAGCCCCGGGCGCCCGGCCGCUUCGACUACAUUGGACACAGCCACCAGCUCUUCCACAUCUGCGCCGUGCUGGGCACCCACUUCCAGCUGGAGGCCAUCCUCUGCGACGUGCGCUCGCGCCGGGCCUGGCUGCGGGGCCGCCUGCCCGCCCCGGGGCUCCCCAGCACCUUUGGCACUGCCGGCCUGGCCCUUCUGGGCAACGCCGCCAUCAUCGGCGCCUUCACCGCUGCCUUGCCCCGGGCGCCUGGCAGCUCUGUCAGCCCCCCGGGCGUCCCCGCCGAGGCUGGGCGCUGCAGGGACCCGUGA